AUGUCUCCUUCGUACACAACCAUCACCACUGCAGCCGCAAUCGGCCUACUCCUUUUCGCGCAGCCGUGUCCCGCCCCGCUCCUUGCCAUACCAGCAGCUGCAGCUGCUAGCAUCAGCGCCGUAUCUGGCGCUGUGGGAGCAGGAGCUGCGGUCGCCGGUGUCGGCAUCGCAGCCGGCGCUCUUGCCAAUGAUAUCAACAACAACAACAACAAACGUCAAGUCAACGCCACUGAACACGAAAGACGUCAGUUCAACACCGCUGUACAGCCCUCCAACAACGGCGCCACAUCCCUCUGGGAGUCGUUGAAUCUGUGUGCGGCGUACAUCCAAGGUAGCGGAAAAGCGAUAACAACCAGCCGUCCUGGCUUCAUCGAAAUAGCCAACUGCCCACAGGUCUGUGGUGAUGCCAUCGAGGCUUACAACAGCGCCCCCGGGCUGGCAGAGAUGGAUCGCAUGUUCGGCACUAUCCAGUGGAACCGCGGGACCAUGAUCAUCGAUACUCAAGUCGUCAAUAAUGCCGGCCCGGCUGGCCAACGAAACAACAACAACAACCAAGGGUCCGGCAGAGGCUCGAACAACAACAAUCAAGGGUUCGGCAAUGAUCGUGGUACGGGCCGCGCUUCUACCGACUCAAGUGAAGGUAACCUACUCUCAGACUUAGCGACUGGUGAUCGUCAGGCGGCAGGUGCUGACAUCGCCGCAGGGACUCGAGGUCGUCAAGGGUUGGGGUUCAAAGCUUAG